UGUUCUGCUGUGCAGUUUUGUGAACUCCUCUCGCGGGUGGCAGAUAAAAAAUCGCGACUUUCCCGAUCAAGUGUUGCUGUGAAUGUAAUGAAAAGUGCGCUAAAGUGAAGAUUCACGAAUGGUACGAUUAUUAUGAAUGGAUUUGACCGGUUUUGAUCCGGAUUGGGGGGUGUUUUUGUCGCGUCAAAAUUUCAGGUCAACUUUUUUUUUCUUGCAAUUGUGAAAAGUCUUGGAGAAGCAUGUACAACAAUGAUCUAGCUUGCCCGCUGGUAGAGGCGAUGUUGGCGGUAGAAUAUGCCCGUGUGUGAGUGCCUACUACUGACAGUUCUCUCCGUGAAGCUUGGCGCUCGCUGUGGGUGUUUGUGACUGCGUCUGUUUGGCAGCAGGACAGCGUUGUCAGAUUGACAAAAUACAGAAAUACUAAACUAAAUUACAUAUUGAAAUAUGAGAAUCGCUCAUGAAGAAAUUAAUUAGUGCUAUUCUUGUGUGAUUUCUAGUGCAUUUUCCUUCAAUUUAUUAAAUAUCGGAUAUUUGUUGUUACAGUGAAAAAACGUUCACCUGGAUUUAUUGUUUCAGCGCAUCACAUCUCACGGCUCUUUGCGCCAUCCACAAGCUGCCAUCGCCUUCACCGUGGCGUCGUCCGUCAAGGAAAUGGGCGAAGUUGGAGUGGCCGCCAACGAACAUCCCACGUCCGACGAGGUCAAGGAGAAUGGCGAAAUAAACGGCAACAGCGCUAAACCGAAGCUGGACAAAGUGAACGAUAUUUCUGCUAAGGUAGGGCCGCUCGUCGAGGAGCAGAAGCCGCAGGAUAUCAGUCCAAAAGGGGCCACUGCUAGCGAAAGCAGUGAGGUGGAUGAGAACUCACAAGCCUCACGUCCGAUCAGCAGCAAUGGACAUACUGAAGGGGAAGAUGAUGAAACGUCGCAAGAUGCUGGUGGUGAGACGGAAGAAAGCAGACCGGAUAUGGUGCCACAGGAUAGUGAAAACCAGGACACAGUAGAAUCAAUGGAGGUGGAUGAAGAGGAAGAUGAUGGUGGAAGAAAAUCACAAAUCUCCGAUGAAAAUAGCGGUAAGGAUCCGCUAGAUGAUGGAGUCAGUGUGACUAGUUCAGUGGAUCAGAAAUCCAAAGGGGAUACUGAGUCCAUGGAUGUCGAUGCACCUACCAAUGGCCACAGUACGACUGAUAAGACGGACGGAGAGGUGAUCGAUGACGAUAGUGACAAACCGGUCAGUAUUAAUUCGGAUUCUGAGAACGAAGAAGAUCGCCCUGAGCCAAUUAAAAUUUUGGCUCCAGAAAGUUUGGAUGGAAAUUCCAAAUCAAAUGACGCCAUCUCAAUGUCCAGCAAAUCCAAUGGAGAUAAUUCAAAGCAGCACAACGGUGAUUGUGAUAACGACGUGACAAUUCUUAGCGACAAAGAGGAAGAUUGUGUGGUGAUUGAUGACGAAGAUGGAGAUUCAAACAUUAGCGGCACGCCUAGUCAAAAGAAACUGGAUAUUGGUGAGUUAUCACCUAGAAGAAGUUCAAGGGUGAGAAAAAGUACCCUGCCUCAGGAUAUUUCCACUAUCGAUGAUGAUGACGAUAUUGAAGAAAUUAUCGAUGACCCGCUAAAUAUUGCUGCUGCCAAAAAACCACGGCUUUCGAUUAAUCAAUCGUUACAGCAAAAUUCUUUCAAACCCCAGUUGGCGAUGAACCCGCAACCACAAAAAUCACUUCUGCCAGGUAGUAACCCAAGUAGUACCACAAAGGAACCAACACUGGUCAUAAUCGAUACUAACACGCUGAUGAAUCGUUCCAACCCAACGACGCCAAAGUCGCUCAAUAGUUCGUAUUCAUCCCUCCCGUUAGGAUUGUCACCGAAUAGUUCGUUCAAUUCACCUCGCAGCGUCCUUAACCCGGUGGCUGCUGUUUCAAACUUCAUCUCGAAAACAAACCCGCCGCCAUUGGCGCCUGUUACUCCCCUGCUGCCUGCUUUGACAGACGAUAUGUUUGUGUUGGAAGCUCCUUCCUUCAUCGUUCCUUAUAUCUACGAAAAGCCCCCACAAGAAAAUCUUCGGGAUAUUGUCAACGAACUGGAGGUAAGAAUUAAGGAAAUGCGCAAAAAGUUGGAGGAAACUACUAAAGAUGAAGAUAGCAAUAGCAAAAUUGAUGACGAAAACAGCCAGGAAACCGCGGAUAGUGCCGAGAAAAAAUCAUCAACAUCUGCAGAACCUGAGUCCGAGGUAGACAAAAAGAAAAAGUCGAAGCGAAAACGAAUGCCUGAUGACGAUGAAGAGUGGGAUGAGCUAGACACUUCAACAGACGACGAAGCUUCCGAUGAGGAACAUAAAACUAAAGUUCUCAUCAAGGAGGUGCAAUCGGACAUUGAAAUGAUCAAGGAGCACAUAAUUACCCCUGUGUCAAAGGACGAUCUAUCCAGUAGUACUCAGACUGAUACGAAAAAGUCGGAGAACUAUUUCGAAAAUCCUCUCGGCAAAUUUUUUAUGAACAUCGGUGUAAACCUGGUACAGGAGUAUGUACAGACCGAUUUGCUUCGACAGCAAAAAAAGAAACGUGACCGGGAAGGCAAACCAUCCGCCAGCACUCAGAUGGCCAUUAAUUCACUGAUGAAGAAUCUGGAACUUAGCAAGGAAAACAACAGACCGUUCAAAUAUGACAUGAAACGUUGCGAGUACUGUUCCUUCAAAUCGGAAUCGGCUUUAGCAAUGGCGCACCAUUACGAGACACCACACAUGCGCAGCUACGUCUACAAGUGUAAUUUCUGUUCGUAUGAAACCCGUCCGCCACAUGACAUUCUCUACCACAUGGAAGCGAUACACAACGUCAAGGGUCGACUGGAGAAAGCGGCAAUGUACCAUGCAUGCCCCAAUUGCCCGUUCGAGGAUAACGGGAAAUCUAAACUUGCCCGGCACGCCGUGGCCUGUGCGAAGAAAUUUCGACCAGAGAUCAAUCUGAACCCACCGAUCGACUGGGAACCGCCGGCGAAAAUACCGCGCAUUAAACCCAAGCACGGGCUAGUAGGAACUGCGACGGCCUAUCAGGCUAUGACCGCCCAGCAGCAGAAAAAUCUAGCCCUGGCCACACAGCGAAUACAAGCAGUCAACAACAUCAGCCCGGUCAACAUGAACAACAUGUCGGCGGCGGCGCAGGCGGCUGCGCUGCGUGCUCGAACUGGUCGACCGCAACCUAUUUCACCGGCUACGCAAACGAACCUGCUCCGACCAGGUGCCGGUAACGUUGGCAACCUGCGAACGUCUAUGUCCCCCGGAAUGGUAAUACCCAAUAACUUCCAGCUCUCUGCAGCGGCAAUCGCCGCUGCCGCUAAUAAGUUUUUGCCGAACGCUGCUGGACGAUCUCUUCUAGCGAACACUAAUGCAUCGGUAACGAUUCAGAACUCUAUGGGAAUGAAACCAGGUAUGAAACCUUCGCAGACGCCCAGCAUCUCCAUUACUCCUCUUCCUCGACAACCCAAUCCUACAAACAUGGCAGUCGCGGGAGCACUGUCCAAACUACAGGCAGCCGGCACGUCGGCGAUAAAGCCAGGACAGAACCCAGCCGGCGCCAAGACGGCAUUCGUCGUUUGCGAAAUCUGCGAUGGUUACAUCAAGGAUCUGGAUCAACUGCGUAAUCAUAUGCAAUGGAUACACAAAGUGAAGAUUCACCCGAAGAUGAUCUACAAUCGGCCUCCACUGAAUUGUCAAAAGUGUCAGUACCGUUUCUUCACCGAUCAGGGUCUAGAACGACAUUUGCUGGGCUCGCACGGCCUGGUGACAAGCUCGAUGCAGGAAGCCGCCAACAAGGGGAAGGAUGCGGGACGUUGUCCGGUUUGUGGACGGGUGUACCAGUGGAAGUUACUGAAUCAUGUUUCCCGAGAUCACAACAUGACACUGAAACCGGCUCACCUGUCCUACAAAUGUACAGUAUGUACGGCCACAUUCGGCAUGUACAAGCAGUUUGAGAGCCACGUGUAUUCAGCGCACAGCACGGUCGCGAAGAAAGCACUUGACAACAAGAACAAACCGCAACCAGCAGGAACGGGAUCCGGUGGCAGCAGUGGUAGCGGUAUUCCAAUGCGAAAUUCGGUCGGUGGUAAUGAUUCGCUGCUGAAACCGUUGAAGAUCAACGACGAAAUUACGAUUAUACCGCAACCGGCGGGCAAUAAGAGUGGUGUACCGAAAACGAUUGAAAUCGAAAGUCAUGUUAUAGAUUGAACAUCGCCUUCGGUUUUACCAUUUCAUUAGGACAGAGUUUUCUACUAUACCAAUUACCACUUUCUGAUCAGAUGUAUCUUGUAAACAAAGCUGCACAGAAAAAAACCCAAUAUUAAGGCAAGCUGAAAAUAAAGCAUUAAGCGCAGAUUCUUUCUUUCUACUUACUCU